CUCUUGGUCAUCACGAAUAUCAUUACAAAAUACAGUUUAAUCAAGCACCUGAUUUGAAGUAUUUAAGCACUUGAGAAAAACUCCAUUGCAAAUAUAAUUCCAAAUUGGAGAGAACAAACAAGCGAACAAAAAAUCAGUUGUUGAUCUUAUGACGUACUGCGUGGGAGAAGGCUAAGUGAUUUUGAAUGACUGACGCCACCAUGACUAUGCUAAUGCGCUGGCUGUUCCUGGCGGCUGUCAUCCUGGGGCCGUGGAUGGCGGUGCUUACCAACCGCUACCAGUCGCCUUGGGUAGACCAAAACAGGCACACUCUGCUGCUCUACCCAUUUGCACUGAUUGCUGCCUUUGGGGUGUACUCGGUGUGUGUGAUUGCCUGGAGAGUAUACAGCUUCAAUGACUGUCAGGAGGCUGCUGAUGAGCUGCAAAAGCAAAUCAAAGAAGCCAAGGAGGACCUGGCGAAGAAGGGAUUCAAGUUUGUCAAAUCGUAGCGGCGGCGCUCGUACCACGUCAUCAUUGUUGCGUUUCGACACGGUUCUGCCCACGCUCCCGUCCCGGCCUGUGCCGCCCGGCACGUGCCAUCAGUGAUCUGGGCCGAAUGUCGCAGUAUGACCCUCGGGCCGCUGGGCACAAUCUCCGUCCACCGUUCGGGCUGGCUAUCAGCGCCACUGGACCAGGAUAGGCACACACUGUGAAAAGGACCGACGCAUAGAGGGUAUCGGUUCGGUGUUCAGCCCCGGUACGGACUAUGCUGAGGUCAGCUAUAAGGCAAAUGCUAUUUUGUUAUGGAUGUUUGUUUAUAUUAUGUUGGCUAGUUUGGUUCGGGGUAAGCUGAAGACAAGUGCCAGCAGCUUUUUGAGGGUGCUGGGACGUCGUGGGGUUGUGACAUGACAUAAUGAGGUGAUUUGUCGUAAUAAAUGAUGCAUUCAUUGUUUUGCAAAA